AUGCAUGUAAACAUUAAUCUUGACAAUCUGCAGUUCGAACGAUUGCUCGGACACGGCUGCUAUGGAGGCAGCGUAGCUCUUUAUUGCAAUGCAAAGGACAGACGCAAUCGUCGACUGGUGAUCAAAUCCAUUCCUUACAAUAGUCCAGAAUACGCAUACACAACAGUCUUGAAGGAGCAUACCAUUUUGUCUCAGAUAAGUCAUCCUCGGAUUCUGCGCUACUUUGGGUGCUUUCAAACCGCGGAUGCUUGGAAUAUGGUAACGGAAUUUGCCGAACGCGGGAACCUCGCGGACUUUCUACGUCGACGUUUUACUUCGAAGAUGUUUUUAAGUCAACGAACUGUUUUGGUUAAAUUUAUCGAUAUGGCUGAAGCACUACAGUAUCUCCACCAGCGUCGGGUUAUCCAUCGUGAUCUGAAGCCGGAGAAUGUACUGAUCGGUGCGGACAACCGGCUGAAGCUGGCGGAUUUCGGUAUUGCGAAGAUUUGUGUACCCAGCGGCGGGGACGAUGCGAUGAACAUGACCAUCGUGGGAACCCCACUGUACAUGGCACCGGAGAUCGCCAGUGGCAAGCGGUACGAUUUCAAGAGUGACAUUUGGCCGUUGGGUGUUAUUUUCUACGAGCUGUGCAUGUUGACGCAUCCGUUUUUGGAGGGUGAACUGGGAGCGGAAAGUAAACUAAGUUUUAAGCCGCCCAAAAUAGAUUGCGGCGCGAGAGGUUACCGGCCGGAAAUGCAAGUCCUGUGUGAUAUGAUGGUUCAGGUGAAUCCGAAAAAGCGCUGGACGCUUGAAAAGCUUAUCAAGGAUGGCCGUGUGGUUGCUCUGAUGGAGCGGGAGGUGUGA